AUGUCGCAUUACCCACCUAAUCAGUACGGUGGUGACUACGGUCAGAACUACAACCAGCAAGGCCAGGGCUAUCCUCCCCACCAAGGACAAGGAUAUCCGCCUCAACAAGGACAUGGUUAUCCGCCCCAGCAAGAAUACGGCGCCCCACCGCCGCAGGGCUACUACCCUCCCGAGCAGCAUGGAUACGGCCAGCCCCCUGCUCAGUACGGCCAGCAGCAGGGUAACCCUCCCGCCUAUGAGCAGCACCAACAAGGCCAAUACCCCGGCUCCGGCUAUGACGCCCAGCAGAUGCCUCCCCAAGACCGCGGCCACUCACCUUACCCUCCCCAGCAGCACCAGCAAGGUGGCGAGAGCGCCUCAUUCUAUGGUGGAGCUCCACCUCAGCAGCAAAGCUACGCGCCUGGCUCCGGCGGUCCAGAGGGCGAUAGAGGUCUCGGAUCGACGCUGCUCGGUGGCGCCGCUGGCGGCUUCGCGGGCCACAAGAUGGGUGGUGGAUUCCUUGGAAGCGCGGGUGGUGCGGUUCUCGGGGCUGUCGGUAUGAACAUGGCCACGCAUGUUGUUAAGGACAAGAAGAAGCACAAGAAGGAGAAGAAGCAUAAGAAGGAUAAACACCACAAGCGCCGUGGCUCGCACUCUUCCAGUUCGAGCUCGAGCUCGAGUGAUAGUGACUAG